AUGAAUGAUUUAAUGACAAAAUCAUUCUUAAGUUAUGUUGAUCUCAAGAAACAGGCCAUGAAGGACCUUGAAGCAGGAGUAGACGAUAUUGAAAUGGGAAAACUCAACCCAACGGAUGAAAUGAAUCUCUCGAAGUUCUUUGAAGAGGUGUAUGCAAUCAAGGCUGACAUGGAAGAGAUCACCAAUCUGCUUCUCAACCUUCAAGAUCUCAAUGAAGAGGUGAAAUCCGCACAAAGUUAUAAAAUUCUUCGAUCUCUGAGGGACCGGACUAAUUCUGACAUGGUCACUCUUCUUAGAAAGGCGAGAAUCAUCAAAACAAGAUUGGAACUGCUCGAUAAAUCCAAUGUGGUUAAUCGUAGUGUAUCCACAUAUAAAGAAGGAAGUCCUGUUGAUCGGACAAGAAUUUCGGUGACUCAUGGUCUUAGAGUUAAAUUGAAAGAUCUGAUGAAUGAUUUUCAGUCCCUUAGGGAACAGAUUGUUAGUGAGCACAAAGAAGGGCUUAGGAGGAAAUAUUAUAGUGUAACCGGGGAGAAACCGAGUGAGGAAAUGAUCGAAAAGAUGCUUUCAGGGGGUGAACCUGUGCAAAUUUUCGAGGGUAAAGAAGAUUUAGUGAUGGAAAAUCAAGAAAGGAAUGAAUCUGUGAAAGAAAUACAGAGAAGCUUGGUUGAGCUCCACCAAUUGUUUCUUGACAUGGCCGUGUUGGUCGAGACACAGGGUGAACAGAUGAAUAAUAUCGAGCAGAAUGUGGUGAAUGCAGGAUCGUAUAUCAGUGGAGGGACGAAAGAACUUGAUCGCGCUAAACGUUUGAAGAACGCGAGGACUUGGGCUUGUUGGAUUGGUGCAGUGGUUUUGGUAUUCAUAUUAGUAUGCCUCAUAGCAAUUCUAUUCUGA